GGCCAGACAUCUAAAAUGGGAGGCAAGCUGAGCAAAAAGAAGAAGGGAUAUAAUGUGAACGACGAGAAGUCCAAAGACAAGGACGCCAAAGCGGAGGGCGGCGCGGCGGAGGAGAGCGAAGCUCCCAAAGAAAACCAGGAAGAGAGCGCCGCCGCCGACGCUAAAGACGUGGCUAACGAUACGGCGGCUAAAGACGCCCCGGCCCCAGACGCUGCGGCUAAAGCGGACGAGAAGAAAGAAGAGGCUAAAGCCGCUAACGCCGAGCCCGCCGCAACCGAGGAGAAACCGGCCGCUAAAGCUGAGGAAAAACCAGCCGCCAAGGAGCCCGAGGCCAAGACUGCGCCACCUGCUGCAGCGGAGGGCAAAGACGAGGCCAAAAAGACUGAGGCCCCCGCGGCACCAGCCACCAAAGCUGAGCCCAAGCCCACGGAGGCAGCACCCGCUAGCGCGCCCGCCAACGCUAAAGAGGCUAGCUCCACACCAGCCGCAGAGCCCCCCGCCAAGGACGCCAACGCCACAGAGGCGCCGAGCAAGGAUCAAACCGUAGCAGUUCAAGAUUAAUGGACAGCUCUUUUGGGAAAUUGAAGUCAACAAUGUCAAACAAAAAUCUGAAGAUGAUUAAGUCGCCCAUGCAUAUUCUGAUCGGAGAUUAACAAUAAUAAUAAUAAUGUUCAGAUAUGUGGAGACAACUGGACUCGAGACACCACCUAGAGGAGAACCCGCACACUGCUGCACAUGGGACUAUUGCUAUUAUUAUUGUUAGCUUUUACUUCUUUUCUGAUGUAGUAUUUGAACUUUGGUACGAGUCUGUUUUGAGCUUUUCAUUUUUUCCAUUUCCAUCCAUGACCUUCCCCCCAAACGUCCCUCCAAAACCGACCACAGGCACACGAACCCAACGCUCUCGUCAACUUGAGAAACCAAGUUCGUCUAAUCUCAUCGAUAAUUGUGACCAGGGCCUUUCCAUUUGCAAAUAAAACUCUAAUGCUAAUACUGA